GCGCUCCUAAAACGACAACUCCCAGGAUGCACCACUCGCGUACGUACACAGGCACGCUCGGUCGGACUUGGCGGGUUGCUGGAGCGUUCGUGUAGACCUUUUGUCUGACCAUCUGAAGAACCUCGAUUAAACAAUAGCAAACUCUUUCUCCAGUCGACAGAUUUCAAACGUUUGUCGAAACUUUAAACCGGUCUAGCUACACUGAACCACCUAAUUCGGUGAUAUUUCGCCUUUAAUUCAGAAAUUCAAAGCACGGUUGACGUUGACAAGGAACCGGAAGGUUCCGCAGUCUCCACCCCUUCGACGAUCAUGAGCGAACCAACAGACACAGCUAGUGAUGCUCCCAGCGUCACCGCAGUCUCCGCCCCUUCGACGAUCAUGAGCGAACCAACAGACACGGCUAGUGAUGCUCCCAGCGUCACCGCAGACAGCAAGCUGGCGGCCACAGCUGGGAAGAAGCAGACCAAGAAGAAGGUGGAGGAGGUGGUAGAAGAGGAAGAGGAAGAAUAUGUGGUGGAGAAGGUUCUGGACAGACGGGUGGUGAAGGGCAGAGUGGAGUUCCUUCUCAAGUGGAAGGGCUUCUCAGAUGAAGACAACACAUGGGAGCCACAGGACAACCUGGACUGUCCUGAUCUCAUUGCAGAGUACCUGCAAAAACACAAACCAAAUGACAAGAAAGAGUCUAGUGGAAAGAGGAAAGGAGAAUCUGACACAGAUGGUGGGGAAGACAGCCGGCCCAAAAAGAGGAAAGAUGAGGUAAGAUUGAAUCAUUCCCUUAAAUGA